AUUGGCGCAGCCCGAGGCCAGAGCAGGAGUAACUGGACUCCAGGCGGCCGGUCGCAGUCCCGGAGCCCGAGGGGCUGGCGUCUGCGCCGGGCCCAAAGUCUAGGGAGAGAGCCUGACCGGGACGCGCGCACCAUGCCCUACCUGCUCAUCAGCACCCAGAUCCGCAUGGAGGUGGGCCCCACCAUGGUGGGCGAUGAGCACUCCGAUCCAGAACUGAUGCGGCAUCUGGGGGCCUCAAAAAGAAGCGUCCUGGGAAACAACUUCUGUGAGUACUACGUCAAUGACCCUCCUCGAAUAGUCCUUGACAAGCUGGAGCGCAGGGGCUUCCGUGUGCUGAGCAUGACAGGGGUGGGCCAGACAUUGGUGUGGUGCCUGCACAAGGAGUGACCCUCCCACGCUGAGG